CGGUCUCCGACUCUCCGGUCUCCCCUCUGCUUUCUUUUUCAUCUAUCUCCAUCUUUUCCUUCGUGAGCCGCACCGAGCCCUCGUUCUGCCCCAUCUCGCUGCCGACCGCCCCAGCCCCCUCGCUCAUCUUCUUCCUCGAGCUAGCGCCGCCGCUGCCGGUGGAUCCCCCUUCGAUUCUCUCGCUCCCGACCGUUUCUCCUCCCAUCUCUCCCAGUUCCAUCUCCUAAACCUUCCCCGAUUUGUAACUGAGCCAAGAAUCGAGGUACGGCGGCCGCCCUACCUUGCCCUACUGCGUCCUCCGGCCCCUGCGUGCAGGUGUUCGGACAUGGCGGGGGAGGAUCCCGCGGAGGGAAGCCGGAGCAGGAGGCGGAUGGAUCUGAACCUGUACCUGGGCCUCCCUCCGUUGCCGCGGCCUCCAGGCCGGCUGGGUGCGGCUAUGGACUGUCCGGCGCCGGCGCCGGCGCAGCUGCCGGAUAUGCCGGUUGCUGAAGCUCCAAGAACGGGUGAGCCGGAGGAGGUACAGCCCGCGGUGUACUCGCCGUCCAACGCGCUCUCCAUGCCGGAGCUCUCCACUCCGGAGCUUUCGCUGAUAGAUCCCAUGAUCAUUGACUGGCUUGAUGGCCUCACUGCUGACGGUGAAGAAGCUCUUUCUGCUGGUGAGCCAGCUGCGGUGCUUGACGCCCUCUCAGGUGAUGCCAAUGUCUCCCAACCGGUGCCGGCGCCACUGCCGCCUACUCUUGCUGGGUUGGAAGGGGUUCGUCUUGAAUGGGUGGAAAGGCUUUCGCACCCUGCUGUGGUGCCUCCUGCCGUCCCAGGGGAGAUGAUCAGCACGACGCCCGGGCGUGGUGGCGGCACGUUUGAAGAGAUGACGCCUGAGCUCCGCCUGCAGAGGCUGAUCCAGGUGAGCGAACAGCACCGCAUCGGGACUCCGGGACCAGUGACCCGUAACCAGCGGGCAACCAGUCCAGGAGCGGAUAGACUGCUGCAGGCCAUCAAGCGGUCUCAUAACUCUCUAGGCACAUCAAAGGGUGCUGUCAACGAUGAGAUCUGCGAAUGCAACUCCAGUUUUGACUGCAAUAUCUGCUUAGAAGCAGCCAAAGAGCCAGUGGUUACGCCGUGCGGCCACCUCUUCUGCUGGCCAUGCUUGUACCAGUGGCUCCAUGGAUAUUCAGUCCACUCUGAGUGCCCUAUCUGCAAGGGAGAGGUGCUCGAAGUAAACGUCACACCCAUUUAUGGAAGAUCAGAUGAUGAACGGGGCGCCUCCAACAAUGACAUCCCUCCUAGGCCUCGUGCUAACAGAACUGAGAGCUUGAGGCAGCAGCUGCAAACGCAAGAUCCAAGAGGCAUCGCAAACAUGGUGAGGCGGUUGAUAGAAAAUCAGGAUACAGUGAGAGCCCAUUCUGCUGCACCUGCAGGCGGGGUUGAGGUGACUGUGCUUCCUGCAGCCCGGCCAAGGGCUAGGGUUCGGCGACAGCAAAGACAAGAUAAUCUUAAUUCACGUUCCCCAAUACUGGGGCAUCCGGGCAAUACAGCUUCGCCAACACUGCAGCACGGGAGCAAUGAUGCUCCUCAGGGUGGCAAUGAGGUUACAUUUUCCCCAGUAGUGCUGCAAGUGGGUAAUAUGGCUUCGCCAACACUGCAGCACGGGGGCAAUGAUGCCCCUCAGGGUGGCAAUCAGGUUACAUUGCCAUCUUCUAGUGCUGAUAAUGUUGCACUGGCAAUUCCUCAGCAAUCAUCAUCUAUGGAGCAGGCAUCGACUUCCAGCACCGUGGCUGUUAUAGUGGGGCAGGCAGCCCAAAGUAGGAGAUCGAGGCCUUCUGAGUACGCCAUAAGCACAAGGAGAACAAGGAGGAGGCAGCAGCAGCAGUAGGUAAAGGUGGUGCUGCCAUUUUCAGCAAUAAAACUUAGGGGUUCCCUAAAACUUAUAUAGAUUAUGCCCCAUUGUUACCAUGGUUGGCUCCCAAAACAUGUUGGGAUCUUAAUGUAGGUUUGUAUAUCAUGUUUGUUGUAUAUGCUAUCGCUCGCUCAUGUGUACUCUUUUCAUGGCAAAUGAGUUAAACUUCCGGUUUCAGCAUACUUUGCUGUGUUGUUAGUUCUUAGUGUGUAUGCUGGUAUAAAUUUUCUUGAUAUUGCAUCUGUUACCUAUA